CCUCUUUUCUCCGACGGUGUUCUCUCUCUCGCUCUCGAUUUCUCUAAAGGGAAAAGCAAUCCAAGAAUGCAGGACGCGAUCCCGUACGGAUCGGCGCGGCCGUCGUUCGCCCCGCCGGCGAGCAACGGGGCCCGCGCGUUCGUAGCCGACCGACCCCCGCCGGCGAGGGACGGCUCAUCCGCGUCGCCCACGCCUUCUCCCUCCUCCUCCUCCUCCUCCUCGUCGUCAUCUUCCUGGGGUAGCGAGGGAGGGGGGAUGCGGCGGAUGGUGGCGGAGAACCCGGUGGUGGUCGUGGGGCGGAGGGGAUGUUGCAUGUGCCACGUGGCGAGGCGGCUGCUGCUGGGGCUGGGGGUCAACCCCACGGUGUGCGAGUUCGGCGACGAGGCCGCCGGGGAGGCGGUGUCGCUGGUGGAGGAGGCGGCGGUGUUCGAGGCCGGCGGCGGGGAUGUGCGGCGGCUGGCGAUUCUCCCGGUGGUGUUCGUAGGGGGGAGGCUGCUGGGGGGGCUCGAUCGCCUGGUCGCCGUCCACAUCACCGGCGAACUCGUGCCCAUCUUAAAGGAAGCCGGCGCUCUCUGGCUCUGAUCCUUUUUUUCUUUUUUGUCCUCCUAAAAAGAUAUAUAUAAUACAGUAUAUGUUUAAAUUCGGAGACGUGGCUUGAAACUAGAAGGCUGGAGGGAUGGGUGAUGUGCUGCCAACCGUUUGAUUUAGUUACAAUCGCGCAAAACAUUUAUUUGUAAGUUGUUGAAAAUCAAUAAAAUGUAGAUAAAAAAUGAAUUAUA